AUGUUGCCAGUUGGUGUUUCCAACAUUGUUUCCGAUCGACAAGGAGUACUCUUCUAUACCGCUUCAUGGACAGGUGAUGAAUAUUAUACAGCAAAAAUUUGUCAAAUCACAGAAGCUCAAACACCACAUCCUAUUCAAGAAUGUAUCGACAAUUAUCAACUGUACAAUGAUAUCAAUACUCCAUUGGCAUUGAAUGAAAAAUAUGAUCUUUUGAUAACGGCUGUAACAGAUGAUGAAUUUGAAUCGGUGCCAGCCGCUUUGAACAAAACGACAUUGACUGUGCAAUGGAUAAAUAGACAUUUUUUCGGUGCUGGCGCGACUGGACACUAUCGAUGUGAUACAAAUACAGGUGAUAUAUUAUGGAUAGGUGGUGAUCGUAAUCUAUUGAAAUUUAAGUACAAUGGACAGAAUCUUAUCAACAAUUAUACACAACCUAAUGAUGCUGGCAUAGAUUUUGUUUUAGACAAACAAAAGCAAAUAAUUAUACGACCAUGGCAGAAUAUGACUGAUUUACCAUGGAAGUAUGUUGUUUCAUCAUAUGAUGUAUCAACACGAGAAAUUAAAUUACGUUGGAAUUGGUAUCCACCUUCUUUGAUUGUUGCAAACGAUGAUAUGACAUCGCCUACUAUAGAUGACAACGGUACAGUUUAUAUGUCUAGUAUGCCUCUUGUCUUUGCCAUCGACAAUCUGGGAAAAACCCUAUGGACAAGUAAAUUGGCGACAUCAAGUGAAAAGAAAACAUUUCAAUUAAUUUCUUUUUGCAUUGCUAUGAAUUUAAAAAGACGUACUCUUUACAUAGUAUCUGAUUCUCCAAUUUAUCAGAAAUCGCAAUUUCUCUAUUUCAUCACUGCUGUCAAUAUGGAUACGGGUAAAGUAAUUAAACGUAUUGAUCUUAACCUGCGAAGUGAUAAAUAUAUUACGCCACAGUGUCCAAUCUUAAUCGGCGAUGAAAUGUUCUACUUUGCUUGGUUAACAGGGCAAUAUCCACAUUUAGUGCCCUUCAAAAUAACUGGCAUCAAGCAAGUCUAA